UAUUUUACACCAGCGUCGUUUACGAAAUACGAACCAGUAUGCUGAACUUUGCUCUUAGUGAUUGAGAUGCCGCGCGUGAUAUGCAAAAUGUUUUUACGUUUACUAUGCAAAUAUUUGAUAAAAGAUGGUGAAAGAGUGCGUAGGUAGAAUCAUGCGCUUGCUACAGACGUCAUAUUGGGUGGUAUUGAUUACUUCCACGAUCACUUGAUAUUAAAAACUCAUUUGUAAACAUGCUUUGUUUUCGAUAGUCUUGAUUUGCUGACUUUGGGCCAAUAAUAUUGCUAAUUUUAUAUCACAAAUACUCUGAGGAAUAGACAAUUGUUGCAAAUUAAGAGAGCGAGCCAUAUUUAUUUGUAAAGUUAUAACGACAAGUCGUCUCAUAUUCAAACGAAGGUUGAAUAUACACUGAGUGAAUGCUUACAAAAAUGAGAGUUGCUUUUGGGAAGCGAAAUUGUUCAAAAUGCAAGAUGGUUGUCACCUGUUUUACCAUAAUUGCGAUGAUAUUUUUAUGGAUUGAAGGCACGUCAGGUGCAUUACAACCAAAUCUGACGAAAGUGGAAACUUGGGGUGAAACACAGAUCAGAGCAACUUGGCAACCGUUCCAUCAGUUCCAUGGUAAAGCUCAUUUCUACGAACUCUAUAUAGACGAUUAUCUGGAGUAUUUUGGCAACGAUCUUGUCUACAUUGCAAGACGUUUAACACCGGACACGUUGUACCAUUUCAAAUUGCGAUCUUGUCUUCAGGAAAGCCGUAUUUGUUCGCCAUUCUCAGAUCUUUUUCCUGGAGUAACAGCUUCUUCAAAUAAACGGAGAGUGACAAAAUCUUUAAUGAAAUGGACUAUAGUCUGCAUGAUGGCAAGUUGUCUUGCUGUUACUACGGCUCUUCUUGGUGUGAAGAUUACGAGGCGUUUGUGGAGAUCUUUUCUUUACAAAUAUGAUUAUCGUGCCGAAACAAAUAUAUGUCUUCCAAAAUGUAAUGCAAGCGAAAUACCGUUUGAUGAAGAGCCAGCGAAAUUUCCUCAAAAGAAAGAAGACAUGAAUCUAAACACAAGCAACGUUUCUUCAAACCGUAUGAGAAAUAAAUCCAUUAGAUUUUUGAAUAAUGAAGCUACUUUGUAUCAGCAUUGCAACGAAUUUGGAUCAUGUGCACAGAGUGAAACUUGUGCCAAAGAAGAAUCAAAAAUCUUUGUUGAUGAAGUAGAGAUCUUUAACGAGAUCAAAAGUUUGUCAAAAAAUCUUUGUCAUUAUGAAAAAAAUAAACUUAAUUUUGAGGAAGAUUGUAGGAGUGUGAAAACGAGCAUAUCCUAUCGUGGACACGUCAAAAGAAGAAAUAAUCUAUCGCUCACGGAUAAAGCAAACGUUCAAGAGAAUUCAUCUCAGUAUAAUAGCGUAAACUUUAAUCUAAAUAGAUCCUAUACGAGCCCUAAGUUAAGAGCAAAUAAAGACAUUGUUUUAAAACAAGACAAUCGUUGUCACAAGCGAACCCACUCUGAUGACAACAGAAUAUUUAAUUUGAGGAGAGCUAACGCGAUGACUAGGGCAGCAGUAGACUCAAAUAAUACAUCCAUGACAGCAGUAUGUGGAAGAAUGGUUCCUUCGAGCGAUGUUGUUAUAGUAGUAGACAACAGUAAUGUCUUCAUCGGUGCCCAAGAAUGUGCCACCAUACUGAACCCUUAUGAACGAAAACGUAACGUUCGCAUCAAAAUACAACAACUUGUGAAAGUAUUUCAAAAAGGGAGAACCGUUUCGCGUGCAUUUGUUCAAGGUUCCAGUCCUCCAAAAACUGAUCAAGUUUGGGAGGUUUAUAGAAGGCUCGGUUAUAGCGUUGAUGUAGAAGACAGAAGAGGAAAGGACGAACAAAGAGUUGAUGAAGGUCUUCAUCUUCAUAUUUAUAAGGCUAUUUUUGAACUAUCUCCUCGAACUCUGGUGAUCGCAAGUGGUGAUGGCAACAAAGGGAAGUCAGAAUGUGCUACUAGUUUCCCUGAGUGUGCAAAAGCCGCCAUAGAUCGAGGCUGGACAGUUGAGAUCCAUUCUUGGAAACAUUCAACCAGUUUAGAGUGGGCAAAAUUGGAAAAACUAUACCCACAACAAUUAAGUGUUCAUUUUCUUGACAGAUACCUCUUCAACGUUACAUUUGUUGAUGGAAAGUACGGUCGUAAAUGCAAGCAGUUCACGACAGAUUGGUAUGUCAAAACUCGUGGAAUCAACUAAGAGAAAUAACAAGAACACCAGCAACAACUAACAACAACAAUAACAUAAGAACAACAAUAACCAACAAACAGCAACAUUAACAAAAUAACAUAACAACAACAACAACAACAGUUCCUUCCUUAAUUGCCUUCAUGUGAAUGUAAGAUUUAAAUCGCCUAGUUAGUCAUGUUGAAACUAUCUGAACCCGUGCCAUUGAAAGAAGUGUUGAAUCGUAUAUUCCAAUGUAUAAAGUCUACAUUGAUUCAUAUCAUUGCAGGAUAGUUAUAUUUUCGAUGUUAGUGCAGUAGACUUUGGGAAAGUUCAAAUAAAUUGCAACAGAUUAUUUUUUGGAUACAUUUACAAAAAUACGGAGAAUUCCAAUUGUUCAAAUUAUUCAUUUUAAUUUUGAAUUUGAAACUUGCGUUGUCGGAUCGCUCCUUCUGCCCAGGUAAUGAAACAAAGUAUGAACUAAGAAUUCGCAGAGAACAAAUCUCCCCUGUCAACAUAAUCUUUGUGCUUCUUUACAUUUCACAUAAGCUGUUAAUUACGUCAGAAAAUAAAUUUCAAUUAAAAUUAAAUUUCUAAAA